CGGUCGCGUGGCAUCCCGCAGGAGCGAGCGCACUCUCGCCACUCUCGCAGUGUCCCCCCUCGCGAUCAACCGAGAUUAACGACCCCGUUUGUCAUCGAGCGUGAGAGGAACAAACGUCGCGUCCGGUCGCAAAUCAGUGACAGAUAGCGCGAUCUUUUUCGAUUCUUGACACGCGACUUUGAAUCGUCGAGAUCGUGAAAAUUGGAAAUUCCGCGAUUGUGAGCGACUCGUGGGAUCGUAUCGUUGGCGAUACCGAUAACAAUCGACUGCUCUUUCGCGAAAGUCUAUAAUUACAUAUUAUCACAGUUUCGCAAGACCGACAAACAGUUGGAACGUGAGACACUUUGGAAUGGCAUAGAGCCAACACGAUCUUACGAGAAGAAUAUUGCUGCGAAAGUUCUGUUGCUACGGGAGAAUCUAUAGAGAAGAAGACAUCCCGACAAUCUGUCAUCUCGUCGCAUCUCUUUCACGUAAAGCCCGGGGAUUUUGGGAACUAGUCCGUUCACGCUACGCAUCGAAGCGGGAUUUGCGUGCAGUUCUCACUCCGCUGACCCAAUUAGUUUUCACGCAACCGAGCAUAUCGACAACGCUCGCAGCUAAGGGAAUACUUGCGAGCGCGCGUCCACAGAGAACAGUACACCGAUUGAUCGCAGUCUUCUGAAACGUGCAGAUUGAAUUCUCCGACAUGAGGUUUGCGCGCUGAGCGUACUCCCUUUGAAACACGCGUCGGAAUUCAUUGUGUGCAUCAGAUUGAAAGCCAUUCGAUUUAUUCGACUAUAUAACUUCGAAGCGAUACGUCUCGGGAUUCAACGUCGGAGGUGACUUAGGUGGUGAAAUUACACAAUCGGCCGAUAGUGGUGUUUACUUUUUUUCUGUGGAGUGUCGUGAGCACGAUUUUAUGCGAUACGUUGGUGGAUGAAGGUCGGAUACAAGGACAUAUCGCUCUUUCGCGAGAAGAUAACGCUCGCUCGCGAUUCGGAACACGUUGGAGAGUGUCGGCGGCGAGGGAUCGCGGAAAGCGGGUCGACGACUUCAAGUUCGGCGGUAUACACCGAAUCGCCGUGUCGAACAUCGCUCGCGGGCGGAAGUUGAACUUUCUCGCUGGCGUUGACAGAUCGAUAACAAAGUUUGCGUACGCAAACCCCCUGAGUUUCUCCCCCUGUCGUCGCACGGAGUCUGCAGCCUGCAGCAGCACCCUUCUUGCACGUCUCCUGCUCUACGACAGACGUGGAAUGUGUUUAACAUUAAACGACUCCUGUGCCCGUCCCAUUUGAGUCCCUGCGGAGCCGAGCCCGCCAAGCGUUCACUCGUGAAUAUCCGGAAUCAAUGAACUCGUAAACGUGACUGCAGCGAGUUCCAUCAACGUUACUCUGACGACGACGACGACGACGACGUUGUCACGUAUCUAGCACUUUCCAUGAUAACUCGACGUGACAUGCAAUCGUAGGAACUUGGAUUCUCGUAAGAAUCGACGUCGAGUGUCUCGUGGCGCAAUUUCGAUGCCGAUCGUGCGGCGCCCGCCAGAAAUCUGACACCCCGACGAUCCAACCGUCGUGGCAGCCUGUCGUUAUCCUUGCCGACCAAGGAGUAUCUCGUGAAAUAUCGCCGAAAAGAGGAAAAGCUACGCGAGAACGCCGUAGAGCGCGAACGGAACGGCAGGGGCUCCUCCUGCCCUAGACUCGCCCUCGAGGGUACCACGAAGUGUGCAACGGUGAAGGGCAACGGCGGAUUCGGUGAUUACUCGGCGGCGGGUGAAUUCGAGGUCUGGGGUGAAGAACACCACGCUGCGGAUGGUGGUCUAGAUCGUCAGGUGGCGAGGCCGCCUUCGCGGCAGCAACGAUGCGAAGGCGGUUCUUCCCUGAGACCGUUGCUCCACGUAGCCCACUGUGAGCUCCACUCGCCACGGGACGCCGAGCUACUGCGUCUCGAUCAUCUCGAGAGCCUCGAUCACAAAUCCAUCGAGCACGACGCGUACUCGAUGAUGGAUAAUUUUCACAGCCCGGUACCGCCGCCGUUACCACGACGUCACGUCCGGCUUCCGCCACCGCAACAGCAGGUAACGGUGGGUUCUCUGGGUGGUGGUUUAGGUGGUGCCGGAAAUGGCGGUACCGCUACAGUAGGCGCUCAAGGCCAAGCUAUGGUGAUGCCAGGUUUUCCACUUCGCGCCGCAGCGAUGCCGCACUAUUCUCCGUAUUCGCCGUCGCGUUUUCACAUCGAUAAACGUUGUCAGCAUAGAUGCUCUUGGAAAUGCUUCUCAAUUGCUCUGAUCCUCUUGGCCGUGGCUCUUACGGCGAUGCUGGCUUACUUUGCUGCAGUGAGUUCUAUGCGCCCAAUAGACAGUACUAACUGCAUUCUGGUUCAAGAUAUCAAGGCUGUCACUCACGAAAACGCACACAUUCACGAUUCGAUAUCCACGCAGAUACCCACAGAAGAAUCUCUACCGACGAGCACAGCGGAACAUUCCAGCGCUGCAGAUAGCGCCGGCGAUCAGCAGAGCGAUCCGCAGAUCCAGCAAUCUGCGCAACAAUGGCCGGCCGUGCUGGAGCUUCAGGCCUACAACGUCGCCCAUUCCGCCAUCAUUCCACCAUACCACUUUUGGAACACCGAGUUUCGCAACAAGCAGCCGGCGUUCAUCAGGCUGAAUUUGACUUUGCCGUGGGGCGCGAAUUUCGCCGUGUACGGCAGGCGGAACGUCGCGCCGAGCGUCACGCAAUACGACUUUGUGGAGUUCGUGAAGGGUGGCAGGGUAGUUCACAGACUAAAGAGGGACGUGACUGCCGAGGCCGUCAGUUUUAUGCAGUCCGGUAGCUCGCAAGAUGUACACGCGGAGCAUGCGGCGCAACCAGCCACGUCCUACCAACACGUGCUCAUCAAGAGAACUAUCGUGGAGCCGUUAAUGGUCAACGUCAGUUUGCUACAGUAUUUCGACACCGGUGACUGGUUCCUGUCUGUCUACAACGACGAACUGCAGCCUUACAAGGUCACUUUAGUCGUAACGGAAGCGGAGGGAGUCUCCACUACCUGUCUUAAUGACUGUUCCGGACGUGGAUCAUGUUACCUUGGCAAGUGCGACUGUAUAGAUGGUUAUCAGGGUGCUGAUUGCAGCAAAAGUGUAUGUCCGGUUUUAUGUUCCUCCCAUGGACAAUACGGCGGUGGCAUGUGUCACUGCGAGGAGGGUUGGAAAGGUGCCGAAUGUGACAUACCGUUAGGUGACUGUCAAGUUCCUGAUUGUAAUCAGCAUGGUCAAUGCGUUAGAGGAUCCUGCGUCUGUAAUCCUGGCUGGAAGGGCGCCUUUUGCGACGAACCCGACUGUUCCGAUCCGAACUGCAGUGGCCACGGCGCCUGUGUCUCUGGCAAGUGUUACUGCAAGGCCGGCUGGCAGGGCGAGCGGUGCAAUCAGGUCGAUCAGCAGGUAUACCAGUGUUUGCCCGGCUGUUCCGAUCACGGCACGUAUGACCUCGAAUCUGCGGCCUGCGUUUGCGAGGAGCAUUGGACCGGGGUCGAUUGCUCACAGCCGAGUUGCGGUCUGGACUGCGGACCUCACGGAUCCUGCGAGCAGGGUCGCUGCAAAUGCCAUGACGAUUGGACCGGAACGAAAUGCGAUCAAAAACCGUGCGAUGCACGUUGCGCUGAACAUGGCCAGUGCAAAAAUGGAACCUGCGUAUGCAGUCAAGGAUGGAACGGAAGACAUUGCACAUUACCCGGAUGCGAAAAUGGAUGCAGUCGCCACGGACUGUGCACCUUACAGGACGGCGAAUAUAGUUGCGAAUGUUCGACCGGAUGGGCCGGUAGAGAUUGCAGCAUACGACUUGAAUUGGAAUGUAAUGAUUACGUUGACAAUGACGAAGAUGGCAUGAUGGACUGCUCUGACAGCGAGUGCUGCUCGCACGACGCUUGUUCAGAACAUAUCAUGUGCCUUGCUAGUAAUAAUCCUGUGGACGUUCUUCUUCGAAAACAACCGCCCAGUGUUACGGCAUCCUUCUAUCAACGAGUCAAAUUCCUCGUCGAAGAGAACAGCGUGCAGAGCUACGCCCACAUGGACGAGUACACGGAAAGUACGUUCUGGAGUUCCUUUACACCGCGUCGAGUUGCGGUGAUGCGAGGCCAAGUUGUUACCGAACAAGGACUCGGAAUAGUAGGCAUCAGAGUGUCCGUGGACAGGGACUCGCGCUUCGGAUUUACCUUGACCAGAGCUGAUGGAUGGUUCGACGUCUUGGUCAAUGGCGGAGGCGCCGUGACGCUUCAAUUCCAACGCAGCCCCUUCAAACCUCUCACGAGGACCGUCUUCGUACCCUGGAAUCAGAUCGUCGUUCUGCCACCCGUUGUGAUGAUCCUCAGCAAGGAAGGCGAGUCGUAUAAAUCUAACCAGCCACCGAGCCCGGCAGUGGGCUUCCCAGGGAUUUCGAUGGGACUCUUUAGUGAGCAUGGACCGUGCUUGGAGCACGAUCACGAGACAUUACGACCUAUUAUCGUUAGUACAUGGAUGCCUGAGAAAGUUGGCGGUUUGCCUGGAAAGAGCUUGGUUUUUGCUGAAAAUCAGAUUGUGCAAGAAAGUAUCGCUAUUCCGGGCUCCAAUCUUCAUUUGAUGUAUCAAAGCAGCCAAGCUGCGGGCUAUCUCUCUACCGUGAGAAUGCAACUGACUGGGCCGUUUAUUCCGAAAUCGCUGACGCACGUACACGUGCAUGUGGAGAUCGAAGGUUCGCUUCACACGAAAACGUACGAGGCCGACCCGAACUUGACGCACACGUUCGCUUGGAACAAGAGGAACGUUUACAAGCAGAAAGUGUAUGGUGUGGCGCAAGCGAGGAUCUCGAUCGGUUAUCAACAUUCCACAUGUCCAUCAGUGAUAUGGGAGACGCAGACGGCCACUCUGCAAGGAUUCGAUGUUGAUAUUUCCGAUAUCGGUGGCUGGGGACUCGACAUCCAUCAUCAUUAUAACUUCCACGAGGGGAUCUUGCAGAAAGGCGACGGCUCUACUCUUCAUUUCAAACAAUAUCCUCGCACUGUGAAAGUGGUGAUGGGUACAGGCCUCCAGAGAACUUUGGUAUGCCAAAAUUGCGAUGGUCUUGCUAAGGAUGCCAGACUUCUGACGCCGGUAGCGCUUGCCAGUGGUCCCGAUGGCAGCAUAUAUGUCGGAGAUUUCAAUCUCGUGCGUAGAAUCACGCCCGAAGGAAAAGUUUACACUGUCCUGAUUUUAAGCGCGACUCAAGUAGCAUAUCAGUAUUAUUUGUGCAUCUCGCCGGCUGACGGACACUUGUACAUCAGUGACCCGGAGAAGCAUCAAAUAUUGAAAGCCCUCUCGCUCGAACAAGUCCAAGAUCCCAGUAUCAAUAUUGAGCCCGUUGUUGGAAAUGGCGAAAGAUGUAUUCCGGGUGAUGAAGGACAUUGCGGUGACGAAGGUCCGGCCAUCCAUGCGAAAUUAGCUCAUCCCAAAGGAAUUGCAAUUGCGGCCGACAAAACAAUGUACAUUGCCGAUGGGACAAACAUUCGUGCGGUUGAUCCACGAGGUAUUAUACACACGUUGGUAGGACAUCAUGGUCAUCAUAAUCAUUGGUCACCGGCGCCUUGCAUCGGAGCUAUUCCCGCACAUCAGGCUCAGUUACAAUGGCCGACUGGAUUAACUCUGAGCCCGCUGGACGGAUCUCUGCAUUUUAUUGAUGAUAGACUAGUCUUGAAACUCACCAGCGAUCUGAAAGUGCGCGUGGUUGCUGGUACACCUCUUCAUUGCACUAGCAAUGCAAAUAGUAACAGUAACAAUAAUGGAGAGCUGCCGAAAUUGAAUUCGUCGAUAACGACGAACCUGAAGAAACCGGAUGAAGUGCUCGGGUCGGUAUUGGCUGUCGGUUUUAGUCCAACCGGCGAACUGUAUAUAGCGGAUCGCGAUUCUCACCGAGUGAAUUCCAUCAGGAUCGUUGACUCUUCUGGGAAGAUGUCGCAUUUUGCAGGUCAGCAGCAGGAAAGAUUGCGCGGCCAAUGCGAGUGCAAUAACACCACACCUAGCACUAAAGAUAUGGACGCGUGCACCUGCACAGAUGAUACUAGCAGCACUGAAACACUUUUAUCGUCGAAUGCUAAGUUCAUUGCGAUAUCCGCACUAGCGGUUUCGCCGGAUGGUAUUCUACACGUAGCUGAUCAGGGCAGUCUCCAUAUCUUGGCUCUUCAACCAUACCUUCCGAAUCAUGACGAGAGCGGAGAAUUCCACAUUCCGUUUCCGCCUUCAAACGAAAUCUAUGUAUUCAACCGUUAUGGCCAACACAUCUCUACGAAAGACUUGACAUCUGGAAAGACCCGUUAUUCUUUCUUGUACAGCAAGAACACAAGCUUUGGCAAAUUAUCUACGGUGACGGAUAGUGCGGGCAAUAAGAUUCAGUUUCUGCGAGAUUACAGUAGCGUCGUUAGCUCUAUCGAAAAUACUCAGGAUCAUAAGUCUGAGUUGAAGAUCUCUGCGGUUGGAUUUUUGGAAAAAUUAUCCGAACGCGGCAGAGCAGAAAUUGCUUUGGGUUAUGAUGGCUCAACUGGAUUGCUUACCAGUCGAUCAGGAGGCGAUGAAACAUAUAUAUACAAUUACGAUAGUUUGGGACGUGUCACCGAUGUGAUACUGCCAACAGGCGAAAAACUGAAAUUAUCAUCGGAUUUAUCUGAUGAUGAAGGUUUAUCGGUUAAAGUAUCUGCUCCAUUGCAAGCCUUAUCAAAAGGCGACAAACAGCGAACCAUAGAAUUUAAGAUGAAGAACGAGAAGUCAAAGAUGUUGACAAUCACUGAUGGCACUAAACUCAUGAAAGCAGUCGCAUUUACGAACAGCAGUCUAGAAGUAUUUUUACCUGGUGGUGGUAGAAUAUUGAGUGCAGCUACGACGAAGCAUCCGCUAUUAGAGGCAGCUUUGCCAGUGGAAGCGGAGAUGUUACCAAUGUGGAGCUAUCAAUUGAUGUCGCUGGGCGAAUUGACGAACACCAUGACGACGACGUAUAACCUGGUCGGCGAUGUUAGUCACUCCCAACAAACACUCAAUAGAGAGAUCUGGGUGAAUGAUACGCGAAUGAUAGGCGUCGAAUUCGAGCAAGCAUUUAGCCGCGAAACUUUUUAUGAUAAAGCAGGUACUCCGCUAUUGACGGUGACUUUUGACCCGGCUGGUUUACCUUUAGUCUGGCAACCGCAUGAGCAGGGUCAUAAUCUCAGCAUCACCUAUGAUCGAUUCAAUAGAAUUGAUAGCUGGAAAUGGGGUGCCUCUGACGAGUCGUACGGUUAUGACCGACAUGGCCAACUGGCAGAAAUUACCAACAGUAAGGAUGGCACGAAACGCUACACUUAUAAUGAUUUUAAUAUGUUGUCGAAAAUCACGCUCGCCAGCAACAGGCAAUUUUCGCUACAAUAUGACGAUGACGGUGGAUUGCGACACAUUAUUCUGCCAUCGGAAACUAAACAUUCGUUUUCCUGUCAAGCUUCUCUCGGUUUUCUCAGAGUGACGUACACUCCGCCUGGCAGCACCAGAGCCUACUUGCAGCAUUAUAGUCAUGAUGGAAAUUUGUUGCAAACCGUGUUCCCAGGAGAUGGAGCUCGUACUGUCUAUAGAUAUCACACCUCAGGUCAAUUAGCGGAAGUUGUUCAUGGCGACGGCAAGAGUGAAAUCAGAUACACCGAGAGCGGACUACCUUCUGAGGUAAUACACUCUGAGAGAGACGUGGAAUACAAGUGGGAUUAUCAGUAUAGUGCAGGUCUUCUAGUAGAAGAGCGUAUAGAUUUUGGCGCCAAGACUGGUUUGAGCAAUGCCAAAUUUACGUUUGAAUAUGAUUCGAAUUUCCGUCUGAUUGCGGUACAAGGUAGAAUAGGUGGACAGACACUGCCGCCACAUACCAUGGCUUAUAGUCCGAGAUCAGGAAUGUUAGAGCAGAUUGGCCAGUUCAAAGUGAUGAGGCCACAACCCAAUGAGACGACUGUACUCGAUGGCACAGCGCUAUUUUCGCGCACCACAGAUGAUAGAUUCUUGGAAACUCAGGUUACGGUUACGAUUCAUCGAAUGGAGGUUUUCAGGAUGGAGUUUACGCACGAUUCACGCGGCCGCAUUAAUCAGACAAGAACAUAUACGCGCAAUGUCGCCGUUAACACAUAUACCAACGUGAAAAACUAUACGUGGGAUUGUGACGGUCAACUGACUGGCGUAGAGGCGCAGGAACCUUGGGGUUUCAAGUAUGACGCGAACGGCAACAUGUUAUCACUUACAUAUCGAGGUAACACGAUCCCGAUGGAAUACAACAAUAUGGACCGAAUUGUUAAGUUUGGCGAGGGCCUCUACAAAUAUGACAAUCGAGGUCUAGUAGUGCAAAAUGCGAGAGAGGAAAGAUUCAAUUACAAUGCCAAAGGGCUUCUCGUGCGCGCUACCAAACGCGGCCGCUUCGACGUACGAUACUAUUAUGAUCAUUUAGAUCGCCUAGCCACCAGGAAGGACAACUAUGGCAAUGUUACGCAAUUCUUCUAUAACAAUCAGAAACGUCCACACGAAGUGAGUCAAAUAUACAGUCCGCGCGAUGGUAAAUUGAUGUCGCUAGUCUACGAUGAUAGAGGACAUCUUAUAUAUGCACAAGUAUAUCGGCACAAAUAUUAUAUCGCCACUGAUCAAUGCGGUACGCCCAUUAUGAUCUUUAAUCAAUAUGGAGAAGGUAUUAGAGAAAUUAUGCGAUCGCCCUAUGGCCAUAUCGUUUACGAUUCGAAUCCUUAUCUCUAUUUACCGGUUGACUUCUGUGGCGGACUUUUGGAUCAGGUCACAUCUCUAGUUCAUAUGCCAAAUGGGAAGGUUUACGAUCCGUUGAUAGGCCAGUGGAUGUCACCGCUCUGGGAAAACGUUUUGGAUCGCAUAAACAAGCCAACACAUUUACAUCUUUACAGAUUUAACGGAAACGACCCUAUCGAUGUCAGACAUACGGACAGACCGAGUCAACCAACUGAUCACAUAUCAUGGUUGUCACAUCUAGGAUAUGAUCUGAAGAGUUUGGCACCGCAAUUAUUCCCGAACGAGCUGCCAGAUAGUCUUAUACCACAAGCGCUCGGUCCGGGUACUUCCAUAUUCGGUAAGAAGAAAAGAACGCGCAAUCUAGGUGUCCAAUCUGGUUUCCUCGCAUAUAUCGCCCAGAGACACUCGGGUGACGCAAUAAGCCUGUCGGCUCCGCCGCGAUCAGCUCUGAAGAAGGACACCAGCGAGUUGAUACCUAGUCGUCUUGGUGCGGCAUCCGAUCCUCCAUUCGGCAAGGGUAUCCUGGUGUCAAGGACAGCCGAUAGUCAGGCAGUGGUAUCCAGCGUACCAAGUGCUAACGCUAUUUAUGGCGACGUAUUCACAUCUGUAUUUAAUCGCUCGUACUUCCUGCCAUUUACAUUUGUCGUGCACAGCGCACAGCAGGACGCUUUUUACUUUGUCAAGGAGGAAACCUGGCGGGCUAGUGAGGAUCGCGGUCAGUUGAAACGAUUGGGUGGUCAAGUAAAUACGACUUUUCAUGAGAACGAGAACGGCAGUGGAAGUAGCUCGCUUAUCGAUGUGAAAAUACACGGCGCCAGUUACGUGGUAAAUCUCCGCUAUGGCACUACGGCAGAGAAAGAGAAGCAGAGACUAUUGCAUCAUGCGAAGACAACCGCUAUUAGGAAAGCGUGGCAUCGGGAACGCGAGGCACUCAAGGCGAACAUUCCUACUUCGGUUGAAUGGAUGGUCGCCGAGCAGGAUGAAAUAGUAAAGGUUGGCCUCGCAUCCAAUUACGAGGGCGAAUACAUACACGACGCGCAACAAUAUCCUGAGCUCGCAGAAGACCCUUAUAAUAUCAGAUUUGUAAAGAAGAUCAUCGAUCAAUCGAGUAAGAAACGACGCAGGAGGAGAGGCGCGCCGUCCUGUAAAUUCUGGUGGUUGGACAAGAUGUGCUAGAGCGACAUCGUAUUCAAGACUUACAAUCAGUCGUAUCGUCCCUCUUCCGCGGGGACAUUGUCCAGUAUCGAAACCAUAGGAACUUUCGUGUGAGCGAUAUCACAGAAAAAAAGAAAAAGAAAGAAAUGAAAAUUGAUGAGAGGGUAAAAGAAUCGAACGAGUCGCUGUAAUGCGCAGCGUCCAUAUAUAUGCAUGCGCAUAUAUAAACGUGCACUGAACACUAUCAAAAAGUUUUAUACCAAAGUCUAUUUGUGUAUUUCAAAGAUGCCAAAAACACUAUAAUGUUAUAUUAUAUAUAUAUUAUAAAUAUAUAUACACCACGCGCGAGAUAUAGGCUAUAUAGUGUGUAAGAGCGUUAAGCACACGCGGAGGAACGCGAAUUUCACCAAGCAUUCGCUCCACGGACCAGCUGCGCGACCGAUCCGCAAUUGGCAGAUCCGCGAAAGCCUUAUAAGCGACGGCAGGAUAACCGGGAAAAAAAGGAUAACCGGAAAAAUAUAUACCGGAAAACUGAUUGUGUAUGUGUAUGUAACCUGAAAGGGAGUAAAAACAUUGCGAGAUCCUUCUGCAGGUUUAGCGCAACGUGGACAGCUGGAGCUCGUUUCUAGCUGGCAGAUCUGAAUUAAAUUAUAUGAUCUGCCAUUUCUUAGCUAUGUUCGUAAGGCCAGCAAGCUCGUCGAGCUUGCGCUCGAGGCCUAAGUAAACGACGGCGGACCGUGGUAUCGUGCAUGCAAACUGCACAACGGUACACCGAUACAAGGUAAAAAUAGAUAUAUCGCGAAAAGUGAAAAUAAAGAAAAAAUCGGGAAACAGGCCAUUCAUUGUUGAGAGCGACUCGAGUGAGAGAAACUAGUCAAUACAUAGCUUUACGUUGACGUAGCAAUCUUUUUCGGUGUAGAAUAAAUGCGAGAGAAAUGUGAAUCCGAUCGACAUUAUUGACGUUAACAAUGAUGUGAACAAGCUACGCGUAUAUUUGCCCGACCGGGUCCAUUAAAUCUGCGGUAUUUUAACGUCGGACUUAGAAAAAAUAUGAUAGAUAAUGGAAGUAGACGGCAGAUUACGAUUGCUGAGAAGCGGCAGCGAGCGCGAAAACAAAUACGGGCGGAAUGUGUCUCAACAAUGAAUGGUCCCGAUGAAGAGAAGAAAAAACUGAAGAAAAGAAAGAGAGAAUUUUCACUCAUUGUCCUAAAAGAGGACAAGAAACAGCGAUCGUGCGGACUCGAUCGCGCGGUCUCGAGCUUGAAUUCCGUUCGCGGCUUUAGACAGUUAAGAAUGAGACGAAUUUGUAUUAUAAAGUGGUGCUUUUCUUGUACGGCGAUAGAGAGAAUGAGAGAGAAUGAAAGAGAACGAGAGAAAGAGAGAUUUGAGAGGAUAUCGAAAAAGAAUGAUGAUUGCAACAAUGAGCGUAUAUGAGAACGUCGGAUACCAAUAGCGAGACUAAACGUAUUUUUAACAUGUGGAUGUAUCCUAUCCGUAGCGUAUAAGUAUUCCCGAUUCUCACCGAUCGGUAAUUUAUAUCGCAUUGUUGUGCGCGCAGGGAAAUAGUCGCUCGGGAUCGACGAUGAAUAUCCCUUAUAAUUCGCGAGAAAAGGUAAAUAAUAUGUAAUACAAUAUCGCAUAUUUGUGCUUGCUGGAUAUGAACGUAACGAACGUAAACUAUGUUCCCUAAUCGAGAGUACUCUAAAUAUGUGUACCCAAAAUUACUGCCCGCGAAGUACCGAUCGUUUCGCCUGUGUAUGUGUGUGUGUGUGUGUACGCGCGCAUGUAUAUGUGUAUAUGUGUGCGCUGAUCGCCCGCGCACAAAGCCCAUAUACGUGCAUUGAAGCACUUAUUUAGCAUCGGAAAUCCCUCUCGUUACCAUUUUUCAUUGAUUCUCCUCCUUUUUCUCCCAUAUCCUAUAAAAAUCCCAGAUCUAUGGAUUCAUUACGCGUAUUGUUUGCUCGCGUCUCUAUGAACGUUCGUACUUGCCAUUGAUAUUUUGCGGCUUUAGAGACGGUGCCGUUUAUGGAUAGUUAGUGGCACAACGACAUUGCUGUCUGAAUAGAUGAAAGAUAAAAAAACCGUUAUCUAUAUGCUGAAUGUAUAAAAAAGUAUAUAUAUAUAGAGAGAUAUAUAUAUAUAUAUAUACAUAUAUAGGAAAGCUUCGUAAAAUGUAUUUUUAACUCGAGCGAGUGUUUAGACCUAUACUAUCCAAUCAACGCAAAAUUCUAAAAGACGUCUAAAAGAUGCUCAAAUGAUAUUUGAAAUGUUAAUGCGUCUUUUCCGCUUCUUUUAAGUAUUGUGCUGUUUGGACGAUCCCCAACAUCGCGGUCCAAAACGAGUUGCUAUCGGAGACACGCGCGCGCGCUCGUGCCAUCGAGGCCGCAAGGACGAUUCUUUUUGUACAUUUCACGUUCUCGUAGCACGCGCGAACGCGCGUUACGUCGCACAAAACGGAACUCGUGAAAUCGCGCACGUUAAACUAUCUCUGCGCGUGUUCAUUAUCGCGUUUUCUCGCGAACAGCCGCGCAAACAAGCUCGAUCGUCGAGCUGCAUUCCUCCCUCGCUUAUUUAACAUAGUCGGAAUCAACACUCUAUUUCUAUUUGUUAUUCAUCUCUAGAAAGCAUUUAUCUUGAAAGAAUAUUUAUUAUGUAAAAUUUUGCAUUUUAAAUUUUGCAUUUGAUUCUUUACGUGCAAUUGCUUUUGUUUCAAUUAUAAAAUAUUAACUGAGAAUACGCUGACUUCAAUAAUAAUUCUUAACUAUAUUAAUUAACAAUCAUAAUUAUAAUGAUGAGUUAAUUAUUGCUUCUUAUUUUAAUAAGGUAAAGAUAACUUUUGUCAAUUUUCUGAGGAUUUUGGCUGUCUCUGGACAAGCGAAAUAGGAGUGCUUCGACAUUCGUGGACAUCUAAACACUCAUUGUCUCUCCCCGGCCAGCCAGCCUCUCACACUUGCUUUUCACUGUCCCAUGCACUCUUGAUCUUCAAUCUUUUAUUAUUCGCCGUUGGAUUCGGCAACGAUAUGCGUUCAAGAAGAAUCGACUAUUUUUAAAUAUCACGUGUCAAAUUAAUGAGGAGAUACGUGUACGGGUUGGGUCCCUAAAUUCAACUCGAAGCCCGAUCGAUUUACGCGAUUAUAAUAUUAGGGAAAAAAAUUCAUUCUCUAACUUUCUUGAAGUUUUAUCUCUCGUUUUUGCGAACUCGUUCCAGAUUCGUUCGUCCCCCGCGGGCGGUCACGGGGGAUCGCGACAAUUCCGCGUACUUCUGUAAAUUGAAAAGAAACGAAGUAGAAUGCGCGAAGAAAUAAUAAUUAUAUAAAAUAAAUAAAUAUAAAUAAAUAAAUAUAUAUAUAUAUAUAUGAGAGAGGAGCUAGAGUGGCCAAUUAUAGCAGCAACCGCCGAUCUGUGCAUUGCGGCGCGAUUGGUUCUCGAGAUGCGCGAUUUCGGGCUCGAGCGAGAUUACACGCCGAAGAAAGAGGAAAACGUAAUCGGAAAUCAUGAUGGAAAUUGAUGUGAGAGCGAUAGAGAGAAAGGGAGAACGAAAGAAAGAGAGAAAGAGAGCAUGAAAGUAGAGAAAUAUUGAAGAGUGAACAAGCGCAAAAAAAAAAGAAAAGAAAAAGUCAGCCACGCUAAUGCUACUACGACCACUACCCUAGAUAGAUUAUGCUACUUUGCCGCUGAUCUAAUUGUUUACUGUCACGUGUUGCUGUAAACCUAAACCUAACGAUACGAUAUUAUAUAUAUUUUAUUUAUAUAACGUAAUCAAUUGUAUAUUUAUUGUAAAUAGUCACGAUGUUUGCUAUGAUAUAAUAUAUCUGUAAUUGGAUGGAACCUGCCUGAAACUGCGCUCAGCCCUGUCUCCCAGCAGCUAGAUCCAUUUGCAUACUAUACAUCAAUACAGAACAUAUAUAUGAUGCAUUCACACAAAGGUACAACACACGCCACAAACACAUGGUAUCGAAUGCCGCAGCCGUUUAGUGAUAACUUAGAAAAUAUGGAGAGAAGAAGAUAGAUAUAAAAAUAAACAGUAAAUAGACAGGUAAAUCAACGCGCAUCAUGUACGUUGAAUUAUCACUACGUCAAUAUUUCAUAUUGCAUCGACAAGGCGAUCGAUUUCAUGUAAGACGCUCCAUCUUACUGUAGAAAAAGAAAAAAAAAAAAAGGAAAAGAGGAAGAAUUUAUCUCUACCAUUUGACGAAGUCCCGUUCAAGCAGUAAACAAAAAUGUUACGAUGAUCACGAGUAAUUUUUAUAAAUGUAUUUUUUUGUUCUUGCGUCCUCCUUCCCUAUCCCGCGUGUCGAAAAUAUAUUCUUAUUCGAUGAUCAUCAUAGAGAAGCAUCGGAAGUGAGUAAUUUACGAAUUUUUCACUUAAAUCAUUGCCACGCGGCAGACAGCGUUACGAUCCAACCAGCAUGUCCAAUAAACUUACAAUAUUACUAUCUUAAGUAAAAUAUAUUAAGUGUUUUCAAAAAAAUAUAUGAUCUAUAUAUGAUAAUAAAAAUCGGAAAAAUGUU